ACAUGCGCGAUUCAUUUGGGCGUUUUUCACAGAUCAAGGAAUUGCUUUCGAGAAAGCUCCGUCUACCUUAGUUAUAACUUACUUAAUUUCUCCCUAUCUAGUCUUUGGACAUAGUAAAUGAUUUAGUUUUGUUUUGGGAACUAUAAGACUUUAAGAUUUGACGAUUUUCUGGGUUCAGUUUUGGCAUAAUAGAGGGGAAAUUUGUCAAAAUACGUGGCCACUUAGGCAAGUUACAAGAAACCACGCACCUCCCGCUGUCCAAACGGGAGGGCGAUGGAAUUGGAAUGAGACCAUUUGGGUAAAUUUAAUUUUUGUCUUUGUCAAAAAAAUUGGGUCAGAAAAGCGGUUUCGGGAGCUGUAACCUGAAUUAAAAAUCUAUAAGAACGAGGAGAGAUGGCCUGAGGUUUUCUGAAAGAGAAAGAAAAUAAAGUGUAACAAAAGCCUUUUGUACUACCAAUCCCAUACAAGAUCACAGUUGACACUGACCAAGCUUCGAUUGUAUAUUCUAUAUUAGAAUAUAUACUUUCAUUUCACAAUGGCCACCCGUCACAAUCCAGUUGACCCUAACCAGCUACUCAAGGCUCUCUCGUCGCUUCUAAAUAAAGAUGGAGGCAUCAAGGGAGUCACGGAGGUCACCAAAAUACUUAUAUUAAUGAAGAGUGCUAAAAAGAUGGUUAGUCGAUGUAUCUACAUGCAUAUUCUAAUUGCCACGAAAGAUAGUGAAAUACAAGAAAAGUUUAUAGCAGCGGGUGGUUGGGAGCUUCUAAACAUAUGGCUUCAAGAUGCUAAGAUGCAGGAGUACAAUCCAAUCAUCAUGAAACUCAUCGAAGUCUUCAAAGAACUUCCUGUUACCAUAGAUAUCCUCAAGAAAAAUAAUACUGCCAAAAUUAUCAAGUCAUUUAGCAAAGCUGAAGGGGAAGAUGAGCUCAAAGCAAUGGCAGAUGACCUAGUCACAACAUGGAAAGGAGUUAUCCGGACUUCAAAUACUACUGACAGUGCCAAGGAGAAGUCACCGAGUGUGAAGAAGAAGCUGAAACCAAAGAAAGUGGAAAAAUCCCUCAGCAACGACCGAGAUGCGGACGACGAGAGCGAGGAACCGGUCGCCAAGAAGUCGCGGCUUGGCUCCGGGGACGGUGAGCCCAUGGACACCGACGACGCGAGUAAGCCUUCCAGGGCGAGGCAUCCGAGCGAUUCAAGAACGACAAGAGCAGGAGCGUCGAAGACUGCUUCCAGGAAGAACUCCAGCGAGGAGCCCGUUAAGAAGGAAGAGGGGAAGAAGGAGGAUGGGGUUAAGAAGAAGAGGGCAGCCAUCAUGAGACCGGCACAUACGAAAAUGCGAUCGACAGGAUUGGAGAAGCAAUCUGACCUACCUCUCCCGAAGUUCAAGAAGAAGACACCUGCUCCUGUCCCCCCUCCCAAGGUGGAGAAACCUAUUCCAACCAUAACAAUAAAAAAGGAUGGCCCGAUCUUCAGCAAAUCACUGUCUCCCACUGAGAAGAGGACGAGACCAGAUGAACUCCCAAAACCAUCAGGUCAUGGUCAUGGCAAGAUUAAAAUCAUUCCUGCUAAACAUAAAUUGCAAGAGAGUUCUGGCUUCCUAGAUGCCCUAAACAAUGCUCCAAGUGUGGUGGUCAAGAAGAAGAUCCCCAAGAAAGUCGCAAGAACCAACUCCACCACUGGCCCCACCAAGGUCAAGAGCCCUACACCUCCAGAGGAGAUUAAAGUGGAACCACCGAAAUUUUCUUUCUACUCGUCCAACCAACCGGUCGAAGAUGAGAAGAAGGCGGAAGAUGAUGCGGAGAAGAAGGCGGAGACAGUUACCAAGGAAACCAGCAAAGAGGAAGGCGACAUAGGGGAUGAUUGGAACGAGGAGAGACCCAUUACCAUCGGAAAGAGCAAUCUCAAGUUUGGUCCGUCGAAGAGCAAGAAGAAAGUAAGAUGGAAGGAGGAGACUGAUCUAGUUGAUGUUUAUUAUUUUGAGCUUGAUGAGACAGAGAGAGUCAAUGUAAACAAGAUCAAAGACUUCCAAGACGCUAUGCAGAUCGAGAAGAUGAUGGAGAAACAGGCCAUUAAGAAUGCCAUUAAGAUGGGCGGUCAGACGCCGACGGAUGAGGAGGAAAAACAAAAUGGCAACACGACUCAGGAAUACUGCACCUGGAGACGUCCAACCAAGAUGGAUAUUCCAGGCACGGUGGUGUCCUAUGGCACGAAUAGUCAGGAGAAGACUGUCCAGGCCAAGAGAGAACAGACGGUCCUUAGAGAGAUCUUCUUUGAUCAGAUGAACCUACCAAUGACUCCUAAGGAACCGGACCCUGAAGCCAAGAGGGCUUUUGAAGAAACCCGCAUCAUACCUCUUGAAGAUGAGGCAAGUGGGGAUGUUCCUGCUCAAGAACCCAUCUUUCCCCAAGAACCGUUCAUGCCCCAUGGUCCCGGCGCUCCCGGUGGGAUGGGGCAUGGCAUGGGGGGACCUGGGCUACUAGGGCCCUCGCCAGGGGCACCACACCAUAUGCCACUCCAAGGCGGGCACCCAGGGGGACACCCAGGGGGGUCCCCUCGAGGUCCCAUGCAACAGCAGCAAAGACCACCAGGCCAAGGGAACACCCCGCCCUCACCAAACACCACUAUCAAGAAUGUCCAGAAUCUAUUGGCAACCUUAUCUGAGGGUGGACCUGACAGCACCGGAAGCGAUCUCCUGAAGAAAGAAAACCUUGACAAACUGAAAGAAAUGCUGGAACCUUUCAAAAACCAGAAUCCAGGUGAUAACCAACAGCAUGAAGGAGGUAACGCACCCCCAUUCCACCCUGGCCAAGGUCCAGGACAUGGUCCAGGUGGACCAGGUAACUUUGGUCCAGGUGGACCAGGAGACUUUGGACCUCAUAACGACCACGGAGGACCAUUUCCUCCUAUGGGUCCCGGUCCAGGCCCAAUGGGUGGAGGACCACCCUUUGAUGGACCUGGGAUGGGACCCGGUGGGCAGUUCCAUCCCCAUUUUGGACCUGGGCCUGGCCCUAACUUUCCAGGGCCUCGAGGGAGGGGCAUGAGACCCCGUGGUAGGGGUGGCUUCCCUGAUCGAGGUCGUGGCGGACCCCAUGAUCGAGGGCGUGGCGGACCCCCUGAUAGAGGGAUGGGCCCCAGGGGGCCAUGGAGAGGAGGAAGGGGUGGCAAUAAAAAUUCUGGUGGUCGGCAAGUGUGUUAUCACUUUCAGUCUGAAAGGGGUUGUAUGAGAGGAAACGAAUGCUUCUUUCUACAUCCCGGUAGCAACAAACCACCGUCAUGACGACGCUACUCCUGAAACCCCGCCUCGGCGUCUUGAUCCGUCCGUCACGAAAUUGAUAGGGGGAGGGGUAAAGGGCAUGCAACCAGAGGAUGACUGGAGGAGAGAUCUCAGAUCAUGCUAUGAAGGAGCUUUAGAGACAAGAGUUUAUAAACAUCCAGAGAUUUUGAUCAUGGCCUUAAGACAAACAAAAAACAAUGUUAACAGUUGCUGCCUUUUCCGAGAACUGUUUUAAACAGGCGUGAAUGGAGGAAACGGAAGAAGAAAGGAGACUUGCCAGUAGAACGACUCCAUUGCCAGUCAAUUCUUUAGGCUCUAGGGAAUAGAACGGAUUUGUUGUACCCUGAUUGCGGAUGAUCUCCAUUGUAAGGAGAAUCAUUGCUAAUAUGUAUGUUCUUGUUGGUAUACUGACUUGAAAUUUGACAUAUCACCGCAAGUAUCAUUUUCCAUCUCACCGAGAAAGUGCUCUCUUCAUUCAAAAGCUUCAUCCUUGGAAUCUGUCCUCGAAGGUGGAAGAAGUCUACGUCCGGUUUGAUUCUUUGGCCGCAUACAGAGUUAUCAUGGAAAAUGUAUUCAGCGAGCAAACGAUAGGAGCUUCUCAAGUAUUGUCUUCACACUUACCUGGCGAAUUAUGUCUUCAGAGAACUUGGAAACUUCUUCCCAACAAAUUUCAAAAGAACUUUUUUUUAAAUGUGGUAUCAUACAACUCUUAUUCAGUUGCAUUAAUUUUUAAGACCAAAAAUAAAAACUAUGGCUGUGUUGAAGAAAACUCCAAGAAAGUUUAUAUUUUCCAAAAACAAAUCAGCUUCCAUAAAAAAAACAGUCAUAGACAGAGUAAAUAAUGGAGUUGACACCAGAGGAUUGAGUCACACGAUGAAGGACAAGCUUCCAUGAACUGUGUACAUUUCACUCUUGACGACUGUGAUAUUAUAGACCAGUGUUUAAUUCAUCUCUGAAAAAUUAACAAGUUAUAUAAGAUGCAUCUGGGUCCCGUAACACAAAGGUUAGGGAUUAAUCGUACGCUUGAUUUUCAUGAUUGAUUGUACAUCGCAGUCAAUGCAAUCAAUCGUAGAAAAAAAAUUCUACGGUCAUUGCUAAGCUUUGUGUUACGGGCCCCUGGUGUGACAUAGUUCUUCUCCUAGUCCUCGUUCCAACCGUUGUACUUGAUAAAAGUGUGCACAAUUAUUUCAAAAAAGAUAAGAGCACACCUGUAUACAAACAGGUAUUACCAAUGUAGAAAUGAAAGAUUAAAGAAAGGGUAUAACCCAGUAUCGUGCUGGAUGUAAUUAUUGAUUUUAUCAAGAAUUAUUGUACUCCAAGUGCACAGAUAUUAUUAGUCUAGUUUAAGCUCCAGCUCCAGCCAAAUUCUCUUUCCGAAAAGGAAAUAUUCAGUGAUAUAUAUCUACUCCCAUAAAAGAUCCUUUUCCUAGAAAUGGUUUCCUUAUCUCUGCACAUGCAUACAUUUUCAUGUAAAUGUCAAUGGUGCUAACUCCUCUGUCAUGAUGUCCUCAAUUUACAUGUAGCUCUAUAAAGAUGAUUGCAAUUAUCUGCCAAAUAACGAUGUUGAAAUCAAUAACCUUCAUAUUAUUGAACUAGUUUGAGAAGCAGUUAGAUAAAACAAAAAUAUGAAAAGAAGAUGGGUGGUAUUUUCUUGCAUGGCUGAUACUUCUUUUCACUUAAUUGAUAUCAAUGAAAAUAGAAAGGACUUGCCCUUAUCUCAUUCAUGAAUAAUGUAUUUUUUACAAAGCUGUAAAAUCUUACAGAUUUUCCUGAAUAAUUUUUCUAAAUGUGCUUGCUUAAUUUUGUGAAAAACGAGUCCAUCAUUAAUUUGACAAUUCAUUACCCUGAUUUAGGUUGCAUUAUUGAAUUUCAUGAUUUUUCAUAAAUUGAUUGAUUUGUGGUGCUAUGCCAGGCAGGCACAUUUCAAUGUUUGCCAAUUUGAGGAAUAUAACAAUGAGACAAAUCCUUGAUAUAUGUUGUGAUGUUUUGAAAACAAAAAAUGUAUGCUUAUAGAGAGAGGAUUAUAUUUUUAUACAAUCAAUCAUGAAUUGUUUUUUGGCUUUAUUUCGUCUUAAUGUGCUGCCGAAGGUUGGAGUAUCUUUAUCCUAGUCUGCAGGCACAGACCCUAAUUGUAAUAUUAAUUAAUUUGCAGGUCCUAGAGAGUAGCCUGUUGCAAGUUAAAAGUUGUAUAUUUAAGGCACUACAGAACAUUCAUCUAAGUUAGUUUACCACUUUGAAAACUAGAUAUUUAAUUAGAUAGACACAAAAAGGGUUUGUGCCUGCAAAUUAACUCAACUCUGCAUCUCAUAUUUGGAGACUGGUAAUUAGACUAUUCUAUUCUUCAUUAAGGUAAGGUAAGAAAAUAUGCCUACACAUGUGAAUAAUGCCCUCAGAGCAUUCUCAUGACAGAAAUGAAAUUAAAAAGAUUUGAAUUUAACUGACAAACGCAUGAUUUCCAACAAUAUUUAAUGAAUAAAAAGGGGGGUAAUUCUGAUUGGGACUUACAUAUCUUUUUGUCUUUUCAACCUGCCCAGUUUAAUAAGAAACAAGCAUGGAAAGACAAGUCAUAAUGUUAUACCAAAAUAUAAUUAACAAAAGUAAAAUGCAUACAAGGAACACAUUCAAGUAUUAGAGGGACAAAAGUAUCUUGUAUAAAGAUUUGGGGGGUCCAUAUAUGAAUUAAAAGAAAAGAUUUACAGUGUUCUUCAUGAACUGAUGCACCCAAUACCAAAAUUUAAGUAGAAAAUUACAUAAAUGCAUUAAUUUUUCUUGAAAAUUGUCAUUUCCAUAUUUCUUUUCUUCCCUUCGUUUCCUUCAUUUUUCUUCUCAAGCUUUUUUUGUAGUAUCCUCUCUUUUGCUUAUCUUUAAACCAGUUUGUCAAACUAUGCAACCUCACUUUUUGAUGGGCAAUUUUCCAUUUUAUAGAAGAUACUUAUUCAAAGGGGGUACAAAUUUCCUUUAUUUAGACAAAUAUAGAUAUGAAACAAGCAAUAGAGGAAUGGGGCAGAAAAAAUGGCACAUGAAAGAAUUAUACAUACAUAUUCCCAGUCACUUCAGAAAAAACGCCACACAUGGAAAAGAGGGAGAAAUGGUACAUAUGUCUAAACUCGUAUCAUAAGCAUGAAAAAAGUUCAUUUCAAGUAAUUGAAUAAAAUUCCUGAACCAAUUUGGUAUUAAUUGAGACUAGCAACCGUCUAUUAGAUGAAAGGGUGGGGGGGGGGGUAAUGACACACGAUCAGGUUCGUCGCCCCCCCCCCCUUUUUUUUUCCUUCCUUUUUUUCUUUCUUUUUGUGGCUAGAUUUGGGCUAUUAAAUUGGUCAUUAAUGCUGUAAAUGCAAAUCAAAUAAUGAUACGAUAGACCCCCGUAACCCAAACCCUAUGCCACAAAUUCAUAUCUCGUCCCCUGCCCCUUCCAUUCCCGUUUCUGAUCGUUCUGUCACGCAUCAAAUGCGCUUUUUGCGUGGGUCAAACCAUUUACGAUCUCUAAUUCGCGCGCCAACUAUUCAUAAAAUGCUGGAUUCUUGAGCUUCCCUAAUGUCUCUCCUUAACAAACAUAUAUUUUCUGAAAGUCUGAAAAUACAUGACAAAUGUCAAAUCGGGCUGGUGAUACGACAAUUCCUUUUAAAGAAUGUUGAUGAUCAUGUUGAUUAGAAGACCUUGCGAACAGCGAGAAAUGUUACAAAAUAAUUUUCUUUGUGUACCUAUGGAUACGCAACAUUCGAUUCAAAGUGAUUUUGAAACGUAGUGACGUGCGCUAAUAUUUUACAUCUUAGAGUUGGCUUAUAAAUGAACAAUUGCUAUGCAGAUUUAUAGAAUGUUUGAAUCCGCCAUUUGUUGAUCUUUGUAAAUGUCGAAUCAUAUUUGUUCUAUUUUGUGAGCUUCAUGUAGCCUAAACGCCAGGCAUUGACAUGUAUUGUAAAAAUGUCACCGAUAUGUUACGAAUUAAAGAUAUUGCAUUAUUUGUACUAUA